AUGUUCGGCGCUUUCAACCGCUUCAUCGGACUGGACGCUGAGCCAGCUCAGCAACCCCGAUCAUCGACGGCGGACAACUCGUUCGGCUUCCAGGUACUCCGCAACAAGGACGCCGAGCUGCCCCUCGAGCCGUGGUUUGACUUCAUCAUCGGGAUCAAUGGACGCUUGAUUGAAGACCCAGACCCGACCCUGUUCGCAACCGAAGUCCGCAAUUGCGCCGGCUCCAGCGUAACCUUCGAAGUCUGGAGCGCCAAAGGUCAAAAAUCCCACAGCGUAUCCAUCCCCGUCCCAGCCGCCAACCCUACCCUCGGUCUAGCCGUGCAACUGGCGCCCCUCUCCUCAACGCAGAACAUCUGGCACGUCCUCUCGAUCCCCUCGCCGCUUAGCCCCGCCUACCGCGCCGGCCUUCUCCCGCACAGCGACUACAUUAUCGGCACGCCGAGCGGCACGCUCCGGGGCGAGUCAGCGCUGGGCGAGCUAGUCGAAGACCACCUGGACCGCACGCUGGUGCUGUGGGUCUACAACAGCGAGUUUGACGUGGUGCGCGAGGUCGAGCUGAUCCCGACGCGCGGCUGGGGCGGCGAGGGCGCGCUGGGCGCGGAGCUGGGGUUCGGCGCCCUGCACCGGUUACCUAUUGGGCUUGGGGAGGAGGUCGAGGGGCCCGGGGAGGUGGUGUUUGAGACUGGACGGGGGGAAGCUACUCCCCAGUAUGGAGGUUACGGGUACGCCCAGCAGCAUCCGCAACAACAACAACAACCAUCACCCCAAGCCUACGGAGAUCAACAAGGCCAGCAUCAUCAGUUCCUCGUGCCGGCGAAUCUCAGCUCUCCGCCUCCUCCGCCGGUGGCCGCAGGGUCGAUGCCGGCGAUUACGUCGACGAAUCGCGUGGGGAGUCCAGCUGCUGGGGCGGUAGCGAGCCAUGGGCGAUCGCACCGGAAGGCGAGGGCGGCGCCCAGUCCGUCGACAUUCGAUGAGUAUUUCGCGGAGGGGCUGCAGAAGAGUCAAGAGCUGGACUAUGCUCCCUCGAGUCGGAAGGGCACGCCCCUGCCGCCGCCGCCGAAGAAAGGUGGUGCUGGUGGGGUCUUGCAGAGUCCGCCUCCGCCUCCGCCUGUUGCGAGUGACUCGACGAGUCCCGUGGCGGAGUAGUUGUAUAACCAGAG